AUGCUUCCACUCAUUCCCAUCCCACAUGAAUGUGAUAGCCUCUCAGAUUCAAAUCGAAAGAAGCAACUCCAGUCCGCCUCAGAGUGUCACUUGGGAUCUGCGGAAGACAGCAAAUCCACUCUCUCCGCCAGCCUCGGAAAUGGCACCGGCGCCAUGGAAGAUUCAAGCCCAGGCAAUGAGCGAGGAUGCGGGGAGACAGGGUUGCAGGAGCAUGAGCAGAGUCAGGAACAUGAGAAUGGGAAGGGUAAAGGGUGUGCAACGCAGGUGGUCACCGUCGUCAACUUGUACGAGUACUCCAAGGACCAUAUAAACCACUUCGACGUCGAGAAGUCUCUUUCAAGGCUGCUCUUUCCUGAGCAGAUCGUCCUGACCAUGCUGCAUCUGUGGAACGGGACGUGGACGCAUGCGAUACUUCAGCUUCCUCUGGCUCUUUGGCAUUGCGCCUGUAUUCUCUCUGGACGGCCUCCAAUCCAUGCUGUGCUAGGCGAGGGGCGAAAGUUUGAUGAGCAAGUUCAGAGGAUGAAGAAGUUCAACAUACUCAAGGCAGCUCUCUAUUGUGCCUCCAUGAUCUAUGGCAUCGUCGCCCUCUGUCCGUUGAUCAUACAGGGGAUCAUGGGAAGUAACGCGUUCAAGGCCGUCUUGCACGCUCUGAGGAGCAAUUACAUACCGAAUCAUUUAUCCGGAUAA